AUGUGUCAGGAAAUAGAAAAUGAUAAAUUAAAAAUCUUCAAUGACAUACUAGAACCAUUUGCCACUUAUACCGACUAUUUUGAAGAUAGUCACUUACCUGGCCUAGAUGGAUUCGGAAUUGACCUUGCGUCGGUCGACAUUUUACCCAGUGGUAGUUUGUACGAUGGAAUGUGUACAAGAAUUCCUCAGUCUUAUUUCGAAGUAAAAACGCAGUGCAACGAACUGAUAAAAGAUCGUGAUUUUGAUCUUAUGCUUGUUGUUAAAGAUAUGAUAAUUCAAGAUUUAGAUAAUAUUAGGAAUAUAUCAAUCCGCAGUAUUUCGUCACAAGUUGGUCUUAUUUUCUUCUACUUUUCCAAUUCUAACUAUGGGAAAAUUUAUGAUUAUUCUAAUAAUGAAUUUUUGUGCAGUGAUGAAUUCGUUAAUCAGUGCACAACAAAAUACAUUGAUCCAAACGCAAUGACACAUGUUGUUUCUCACAAAAAAUCUGGACCAGCAAUUAAUGUAACGAUUAUUGGUAAUUUAUCGUACGUCUAUUCAACCGAUCUAGUCUUUGCAUUACACUGUCCCGUUUGGCCGUCUAUUGUUUCAUCGUGGAAAACUCGAGUACAAUGUCAUGGUUGGUUAAACGACGAAGUUGUUGAAGAUAUUAUACAAACGAACGGUUUCCAUGUAGUGCCCGUCGGGCGAAAAUCAAGCGCAAACAAGAAUAACGAGUGGCGUAUUUCGUUUUCUAAUGUUGAAAAACGGCUUGCACGCUUAUUAAAACCACACCAGAAACAAUGUUACGGUUUACUACGCAGUCUUUUGAAAAUAAUAAACUCGGCUGAGGCGAUAACCAAUAAUAUUUCAAAAGCCCUUUUUUUUCGAUUUUGCGAGAAUAAUACAGAAACAGCUUCAUCCACAGCUUCACACUUUCUUAAGUUAAUUGCAUUUGUCAUAGACAGUUUAUCGUCGAAAUAUAUUGAACAUUACUUUAUUGAUAAGUGCAAUCUACUCGAUGGGAUAUCGGACCAUAUAAUAGAUAAUGUUGUUAUUAUUCUCACAAAGUUUCAUCAAAAUCCAAUACAAUUUUUUGCUGACAAAAAUUCUGACAUAUUAUUUAGCCCAUACUUGCUAGCAUCAAUUGAAAAAUUAUCACAUCUAUACGUGUAUGGUGAUAGACAAAAGUUUACUUUUUAUAGAGAUAUGAAUCAAAUUAUUUCUUAUAUCAAUCACUGUUCUGAAACAACUGAUGGGGCUGAUGUCGUUUCAGCACUAAAUGUGAAGUUUUUUCGAACAACGUUUACAAUGGUGAAUACGUGCACAGAUGAAAAAGUACUGGAUUCAAUUAUUGACCAUAUGAGGUAUCUUGCGGACAGCAUUGGAUGGUCGUUAACAACAUCCGAAAAAGAAGAAAUAGCGCAUCAAUGGGCAUUAUGCAUAACGGUCAUUGUUGAUCAUGAGUGA